AUGCCAAAGUCGAACUCUUUGCAAAUCUGUCUUGUCAAGACAGGACCAACAACCCCGAUGAUCACGACCUUAGAACUGCGGCCACUAGGAAAUGAUACGUACACAACUCAAACGGGUACAUUGAAACUCCUGGACCGGCAUUAUUAUGCUAGCGAAAGUGAUAUAUUUGGUAUUCGGUAUCCAGAUGACGUCUAUGAUCGUAAAUGGGAUUUAGUUUUUCCGUCUAAUGAAAUAUGGAUAAACACCACUGCGAAUGUAAAUCAGUCUAGACCCUUUGAAUUACCACAAGCUGUGAUGAAAAGAGCUAUUACGCCCAAAAAGGCUACCGAGCCAUUGACUUUACUUUUCUUGUCUGAUGAAAACCCUAGUGACAAAUUUUACGUGUACUUUCACUUUGCUGAAAUCCAAGCCCUACGAGCCAACGACAGUAGAGAGUUUGACAUCGUAUGGGAAGAUACUACUUUUCUCCCACCUUAUAGUCCUAAGAGGUUCCAAUCAGAUACCUUAUUCAACAAAUUGCCAAAGGAACAAGGCACGGUGAAGCUAGUGAGAACUAAAGGGUCAACCCUACCACCACUGAUCAGUGCUAUUGAAGCUUUCAAGGUUAUGGAUUUACCAUAUUCAGAAACAAAUACGGAUGAUGUCGUAUCUAUGAAGAAUAUCGAAGCCGCUUAUGCAUUGAACUUCAUCAGCUGGCAAGGAGAUCCUUGCCUCCCUCGGCAGUAUAAGUGGGAUUAUAUAGAAUGCAGCUAUACCAGUAUUUCUACUCCUCCAAGAAUCAUUUCUCUGUAA